UGUACUCGGGGGCAUAUUUUUGCAUUGCUUCUAAGGCUGGUUUGUAUCUUAUUAAGCAGGAGUCAUUCAGAUGAGCUGAGUUUCUUUGUAUUCAUUAUGGUGCAUAUUUCAAAUGUGAGUUAGAAUUGCUCAUGACCACUAAAGAAUUGAGUGUUUUUAUUUUAUUUAUAUAUUUAUUUAUUUUGAAUGAUCAUUGUGAAAGACAUCUUAACAUUUUGCUAUAUCCAUAUAGUCUUUUAAUCAUGGUUUCUUCUUUUAGUUUGUGAGGGAACUAAAUUGCACAAAAAAAAAAAAAAAAAAAAAAAAAAAAAAAAAUGAGCAAAAGCAGUACAGAGAAAAUCUCCAGUCCUUUAUUUUGCAUGAGCUUAAAGAAGCUUUCUUUGGUGACAGUUGUGCUGCCAUUGGCAUCAAUGGUGUUUUGUUUUGUAACUUCAAUGGUAUUCAGUUUUGAACUGGUGAAUACUACUAUAUGUCAAGUUUUUAAUUUUUGUCCGUCAGUAAGCGCAAUAACAGGUAUAUCACCUCAGAGAUAUGUUUGGCGUAUAGGUGUUGCUCUCCACUCAACUCCACGUCUUCUCUUGGCUUCGGUAUAUUACAGUCAUUACAUCAGAAAGGCAAAAAAUGUGAAAGAAUCUUCAAAGUCUCUGUAUGAACACCUUGUGACCUUUAAUUAUUGGUUUCAUGUCACCGAAAUAAUGGCUCUAGUUGGUGUCACAUAUAUUUCAAAUAAGGAAAAUUAUCCUGUCCAUGAGAAAAUUUUCAUCACAUUUAUGGCAGCUUCCAUUUCUUAUAUGUUGAGUGUGUUGAGUUAUAUGAAUAAAUCACCAACACCUACAUAUUUGGAGAAGCUGUCAUACAGAUCAAAGCUUUUCCUUUGUGUAGUUAUUGCAGUUACAUCUUUGGGUAUGAUGUACUUCUUUUAUAAACAUCGAGUGUACUGCGAAGAACUUGCAUUCAGCUGGUUUGCCUUAUGUGAAUAUCUCAUAUGUUUUGCUAAUAUGGCCUUUCAUGCUACAAUAAUUUGGGAUUUGCCUGAUGAAGAAAUAAUCAUUUGCCUUCCAUUAAUGCACAGUUCACCCAAUUGUCAAAGCAUGACAAAAAAGCAUGACUAAAAGAAAAUUCUAGUUUAACUUGUAAUUUAUGCUGUAAAAUUGUAUAUAGAAUUUUUCACCUGAACACUACUUAUGUUACAUACUAUAAACAUUCUACGAAUAUUCUUAGGAGCAUAUUUUUAACAAUUAGGAUACUGCAUCAUGUGAUAGCUCUUGGUACAUUUUGUGAUUUUCAUUGUUAAUUGAGAUCUGGUGCUUUUAUCCUGAUAUAUCCACUCUUGAUUUUGGAUAUUUCUUCAAGAUUAAUGGUGAAAUGUUUUACAGAAGAACUGUUUAAUCUAUUUAAAGUCAAGAUUAAGUUCCAACAUUUUGUUCAUGUAUUUUUUGUUUGUGGAAAUUAUAUUUAAAUAUUUAAGCUUUAUUCAUGUGUUAAGAAAUGUCGUUGCAUUUUGUUCUAAUUUAAUUACAAAGUAGGCCUUGAAUUUAAUGCUUUGUAAAAUUUCUAUGAAAAUUUUCACAAGAUAACCUGAAGAACAAGCUAGAGAUUGUUUAUUUGUUAAAUUUCUAGUCAUUGUAAAAAGUGUGAUCUAUUCAUUUUUUGUGAAGUCUGUUAUUUUUAUGUAACUAUUUUAAGUUUUUAUAUAAAAUAUACUUUUUAUGCUUUUUUGACAAUUUUUUUUAUGUUUGGUUUUUAUUGCCAUAUUGUUUUGCUUUUAGAUGUCUUUAUUUUAAUGUUUUGUUCUGUAUCAAACUAUUUCUAAGUGUUUUGGAUUUUUCUUACAAAGGUAUAUUGAGCAUCUUAGAACUUAAAAACUAUUGGUAAUGGUCCUCAUGUUUUAAAAGUACUUUUGAAAAAUGGAAAAUUUCUUCCUAAUCACCUUAGUCAUUUUGACAAUCUGCUGGAAGUUCUCUAUUCUAGUAGUAAGCAUUAAUUGAUUAUAGUUUUUAUGUGUGUUGAAAGCAAUAAUUAUGUAGUGAAUGCUGAUAUUAUAUAGUGUAAUAUUUUUUUUUGGUAGUAUAUUUAAUUUUUAGCAUGUAAAGUUAAUGUAAGAAAAUGCACAUCUAAUUCUUUUAUUUUCUGCUUGAAUAAUUAUUGUCAGUAAUGCAUAAUUAAGAAUUAUUUAAGUUGAGAUUUGUUGAUCUGUUUUAAAGUUUUUAUGUGUUUAUUUUUUAUAUUUAAUUCAUUCCUUUUAUGUUUUGGAGGGGAAAAAACCAAUAUGGAAUACAGUUUUGAUGUCUUUGCUGCAUGUUGAAUUGCAAAUUAUGAUAAGAGGUUGAUUUAUAUUAUUUAUUAAAAGGUACCUGGACCAAAAAAUUAAAUAUUUAAAAUUUCAUAUGAAUGCUUUCUGUCUAAUUUCAGAAAAGUUGUACCUGUUCUGCAACAGCACAAGAUAAUUUUGAAAGCAUUAAAAAGUGUUGCUAGUCCAUUUUUCUACCUAAAAAGUUCUAAAAAUCUUUUUAAGGUGGCGAGGACACCUGGUGUCUAACAAAGGUAAACAGGUACAUGUCCAAUGCCCUCCACUAUCUUAAACCAGCAGCUCCUGAGGCCCAGGAAACCUGCCUCGGGAAUGUACUUGCUUCUCUGUCAAGUAGCAUGAACAAACUGGGACCUGGAUGAUGUUACAUGAAUUUGUUAGCUGCAUGAAUAUUGAAAGCAAUACAAGAAAGGUACCCUUACUUACCUAACAAUAAAUAUAUAUUUGGCCCAAGAGGAAAAGACAGCCCACUUAUCAAGAUUUUUUGAAUAUCUGGACAGGCUGUGGUCCUGCUUAGUUCUACUGUGUGUUGUUCUUUUGAUGUAGUUCUUAAAUCAUACACAGUGAACUAUCUUAGCUGAAGAUUAGAAGAAUGUUAAAAUUAGAAUACAGAUUUACACUGAUGCACAAAAUUCUCUUUUAAAUCCACUAAAAACAUUGUUUUAUGUGAAAUAUUCAAAUGUAUAGAAAUGUUAGAAGGUUAUAACUUUCCUGUUAUUUUGUGAAAGAAAUUAAUAACUUUUUAUUUAUGUUCAAAAAUUUCUGCAAUAAAAUGCAUUUUACUUGAUAAAAUGCUUUUUUGUAAA